GUUUAUAAAUUAACCACUCAAUAAAAUUUGAAAUCACAGCCACAACCAAGUUAAGAACAACAUAUUAGUCCUAGCCGGUUGUAGCAUAAUAAAUCGAGAAAUGAAGGUGGCGGCGACGGAACUGGUGUUUAUCCCUUCCCCGGGGAUGGGUCACCUGGUGUCAACGGUGGAGAUGGCCAAGCAACUCAUCGGCCGAGACCACCGUCUGUCAAUCACGGUCCUUAUAAUGAAAACCCCAUUUGAUAAAUCCAAGGUCGUUUCAAGCACCCAUUCGCUGCUGCUAAAGGCGGCGGAGGAUAGGUUAAAGUUCGUCGAGCUCCCUCAAGACGAGGAGGCGGCGACGGAGCUCCGGACCAAGAACGCCGGCAACUUCAUGUCGGAAUUCGUCAACAUGAACAAGCACCACGUGAGAGAUCACGUAACAAAGAUGAUGGCCUCGACCGAGUCGGGUCGACUCGCCGGGUUCGUCGUCGACAUGUUCUGCAUCCCGAUGAUGGACGUGGCGGCCGAGUUCGGGCUCCCCACCUACGCUUUCUUCACCUCCAACUGUGCUUUUCUCGGCCUCAUAUUCCACCUCGAUACCCUAAGCCGCAACGAGGAUGUUACUGAGUUGAAGGACUCGGACGCUGAGUUGGAAGUACCGGUUUUUGUGAACCCAGUCCCGGCGAAGGUGUUGCCUGGAGUGGUGCUGCACAAGGAAGGGGGGUCUACAUUUAUGUUGGGUGUUGCCAAGAGGUUGAGAGAAACAAAGGGCAUUAUGGUCAAUACCUUUGAGGAGCUGGAAUCCUAUGCGGUCAAGCGCCUCGCCAAGGAUGAUAUGGUCCCUCCGAUCUACCCGGUGGGACCCGUACUUCACCUGGUGAAGGACGAAAAGGAGGAGGAUGAGGAGGUGAUCCAGAUCAUGAGGUGGUUGGAUGAUCAGCCUCUGUCGUCGGUGGUGUUCUUGUGCUUCGGGAGCAUGGGAAGCUUCAACGGCGAACAGGUGAGGGAGAUAGCACAGGCCCUAGAACAAAGCAAGCACCGAUUCUUGUGGUCUCUUCGACAGCCUCCGCCAAAGGGAAAAAUAGAGAUGCCAAAUGAGUACCAAGACUUGAGCCAAGUGCUACCAGAAGGAUUCCUGGAACGUACAGCAGAGAUUGGGAAAGUGAUCGGUUGGUCCCCACAGGUGGCAGUGCUAUCCCACAAGGCUGUAGGAGGGUUCGUGUCACACUGCGGGUGGAACUCUACAUUGGAGAGUUUGUGGUGCGGUGUGCCCGUGGCCACAUGGCCAAUGUAUGCCGAACAACAAAUGAAUGCGUUUCAGCUGGUAAGGGAAUUGGGAUUGGCCGUUGACAUUAAGUUGGACUACAAGAGGGAUAUGAGGUAUAGUAGUAUUGAGCCUAAGUUAGUGACGGCAGAUGAGAUAGAGAAUGGGAUACGAAGAUUGAUGGAGAACGGGGAUAAAAGUAGUACUGAAGGAAUCAAACUAAAGGUGAAGGAAAUGAGCAAAAAGAGUAAGGUUGCCAUAAAGGAAGGAGGAUCGUCGUAUAAUUCUAUUGGACGCUUUAUCGAGGAUGUCAUCAUUAACGUGCACUCCUCAUAGUUAUUGUAAUGCCCCGUAUUUUCCUUCGUGGAAAAUGAUCUUGACUGUAACAUUUUGUUUUUAACAUUCUGUUAAGAGGCUCCUAUGAUGAGGGGUUUGUAUCUUUCUCUGUGAAUGAACUGCUGGGAGUUUAUCUCUUUCAACUCCUAAUUUGGGAGGGCUAAGAGAUGUUUUGGAUUGCUAAUUCAGAAGGAAGGUGCUACGUCUAAAGUAAAUCAAAGGCUCAAGUCCUAUAUCAACAGGUGUCCCAAUUGUGUUUUCAUAGUGUUGGUGCUGAUGGUCUCUAAUAAUGUGUUGGUGGAUUCAUGUUGGAUUUUGGGAGAUAAUCUCUGUGUUGCGAUGACUUAGAGGCUCUAUUUCCUCCUAUUUCGAAAGUCUUCUCCAAGUUCCCUAUGGUGAAGAUUUCUAUCCUGAGAUUUUCAGCUA